GCAUUAGGUAUUGGGACCAAAUACGGUAGUCAGUUUAAUUCAGUUCACAUGGUUCAGUCGUUAAGCAUGGUGCUGGUUCCAGUUUGGAUGUGGAGUUGGAUGUGCCUACUCUUCUUGGGGAAAGUAUAAAGUGUUGGUGCUUCCAAUAUCUUGAUAUCCUCACUCUACGGGGAGGGCAGUCAUUUCUUGUUUGAUGCCUCUAUUGGACAAGGACUCGUAGACAAUGGCCACAAUGUGACAUGUCUUAUUAGUAGAGCAUUCGAACACCGAACAUCCGAACCAAAAUACACGAAAACAUAGGCGAAUCUGACUCGUCUCACGGGUUGAAACCUAUGUUUUUGGCGGACCAAAAAACAGUGUUCGACACGGCUCGAAGAUCAAACUGAUCGCGUUUACACAGCAUAAAAUCGCCGUUUUGAGUACGGCUCGCGUGUCGAACCUUCGAGCCGAGUCACUGUGUAAAUACGGUGUAUAUGAUAAAAGAUUAACACCACGUACGUUCUGCAUGAUUUCUUCUUUAAAUUGAUGAAUAGCUCGGCCAUUUUUUGAUUGGGUUAUUGUAAAGUAAAGCAUUGUGUUACUCUCCUCUACAAUGCGAUGAACACAUUAUUAUUGUGAACGUGUAAAAUGAAAACAGACUAAUGCUCUCUGUGUGUAUGGUGAAUGAAAUGUGACAGUUGGCAGUCCGCUGUAUGUUACUCUAGUCAAGCAAAACUGGCAAAGAGUUAAAAUGGUGUCUGUUUCAAUUCUAAUGGGGAUUUGGGUAGGCCUACUCUCCAUCGGAAAAGUUUCAAAUGUUGUUGGUUCCAAUAUCUUGAUAUCCUCACUCUACGGGGAGGGCAGUCAUUUCUUGUUGGGUGCCUCUAUUGGACAAGGACUCGUAGACAAUGGCCACAAUGUGACAUGUCUUAUUAGUAGAGCAUUCGAACACCGUACAUCCGAUCCCAAAUACGCGAAUCUUUCCUUCGAGGUAUUUGACCAUCAUGACAGAUCCCUUGAAGAUGUACGAGACAUGUUCUACCAGUUUAACAUAAAGGCAAUGGAAGGGGCCCAAGACCAGAUGAUGGAUAUUGUUACACGUUUCAUGCGGACACUUACCAAAGACUGCGAGGCGAUAUUGAAAAAUGGCAUAUUGAUGAAACGCCUUGAGAAGAUGGACGCCAUUGUCAUGGACAUCACCUGGCCAUGUGGACUCAUGAUCAAGGAAAUGAUCGAACAGAACCUGAACUGGACCAGGAACUUAACGAUGGUAACUGUUAGUCCGACUCCUCCACAAGCGAUCUUCCUUUACCUCAUGGGUUCAGCUUACAACCCUUCCUAUCAGCCAGAGCUCAUGUCAGGGAUUACCAACAAAAUGACUUUCUUUCAGAGGGUGUCUAACUUUCUGCAAACCGCUCAGUUAUUGAUCCUUGGCCAUUUGUUCACAGGACCUUUCUAUUCCGAACUUGCGAAGAAUGUUGGACUCAAUCCUGACAGUGCAGACUUUUACAAUUGGCAUAAAAGAAUUGAUUUGUCUCUCUUGAGCAUGGAUUUUUCGUCUGAAUUUCCAUUUCCUUUAGCUCCAAAUUUCAUUCCAGUCGGAGGACUAACUGCCUCUCCCGCGAAGGAACUAAACCAGGAAUUGGAAGAUUUUAUGCAGAGCUCAGGAGAUGAUGGCGUCAUCCUUUUUACUCUGGGGACCUACUUCUCCGCAGUUGCUAAACUCACACCGGGUUUCGUCGAAAUGUUUGCGGACGCUUUUGGAAGGUUACCACAAAAGGUUAUCUGGCAGUUGGUGGACCCACCUAAUGACCUUGAACUGCCGUCAAACAUUAGGUUAAUGCCGUGGGUACCGCAAAAUGACUUACUAGGUCAUCCAAAGACACGAGUGUUCAUGUAUCAAGGCGGCAACAAUGGUUUCCAAGAAGCCUGUUACCACGGUGUUCCUAUUGCCAUCGUACCCCUGUAUGGUGAUCAGUAUGACGUAGCAGCCAGAGUAGUAGGAAGGGGGAUGGGACGAAAGCUGGAUAAAAACAACUUGAACGCCGAAAUUAUAUAUGAGACUCUAAAGGACCUCAUCAAUGACCCAAGGUAUAGAAACGUCGCGAAACAUGUCUCGGCAGUCAACAGGAACAACCCAAUGACAGCUCGAGAAAGAGCAGCAUUCUGGAUAGAUCACGUGAUCAAAUAUGGCGGAGAUUACCUGAGAUCGCCUGCAGGAGAACUGUCAUUUGUAGUUUACCACAGCCUUGAUGUGGUUGCGUUCCUUUUCUCAAUCAUUUGUCUACUUGUAGCAUUCAUUAGCUAUACUUUGCUUUUAUGUUUAAGAAGCUGUCGUAGAAUUAUUUUUAUAACCAAUAAUAAAGAAAAGGGUGAUUGAAUGCAUUUCAAUUGAGUGUAUUUUUAUUUUGAUAUAUACACAACAAAAAAAGUAAGUCCCCCCUAAAUCAAAUUGCUGUAACUUUUGAACGGAGUUAAUUUGAGAUAUGAUAUUUCGUAUAUAUAGGUGGUUUUCUACACUCAUUACGCAACUCCUAGGGAAAAAUAAGAUUGAUCGGCUGGGUCAUGCAUGAGUAAUUAAAGAUUGAAUUAAAAAUGACAAUUUUUGAAAGUCACAAGAGUCGUUUUUCAGAUUGUGCAAAUACAAAGUUGGGCAAAAGUUGUUUUAGGUGAAUUUUAUGUUGUUAUGCUGAUUUACUAUCCAUCAUUUAGCCACUCCACACACAAUUUUGAUAUCGUAUGUUCAUGGUUGAGUGAGCACAAUAUCGCAGGGGCCGCGGAAGCGGGGUGGGGCCCCACUUUUUUUUUCCAAAAGCAUUUACAAAAAUGUAAAAAUAACCAUACGAUUGUGAUUUUUGCAUAGGUCAGCCCCCCCCCCCCCCCCCCACUUUUGGCUCAGCCCCUCCCCCAUACUUUGAAAACCGUUCCCCGGCCCCUGUAUUGUGACGUACCAUCAUAGGGGUUUUCGGUAGUAUCCUCUAUAACUUGUUAGGUCAUAUUAAAAUUUGAGAAUGAUGAUGGCUCCCCCGAUUAUAGGCCCCUCCCCCAUUUCUAAAUUCUGGAUCCACCACUGAUUCGUCCAUAAAUUAAACUGAUCAUGAGAAAUUGUUAGGAAUAGAAUACAUUUAUGCAGUAUAAAGAGUAUUCAUUCUUAAGUUUCGAAUGUGCUCGCUCAACCAUGAAAAUGUUAAAGUUCGGAAAGUGUGUGGUGAUAGAAAUGAUGGAUGAUAAAAACAACAGCAAUUAGAGUGACAUUUGAAACCGAACUUGCCCCCAAUAUUCACCUUAUUACCCUUUAAAAUGAGUCUGUGACAUUGAAAAUACCCAUUUUCCCACUUUGAUGCGUGCUCACUCAUCCGUAAAUAAACAAAUCGAUUUCAUUUUUGCACAGAAUUCUGCCCAUAGGUUGAUAAACAUUACCGCCAAAUGACAUUGCUAAAGACAGCCGUGAAAAAAGUUCCACCAUAUUGAAUAAGGGGUUACUUAUUCUUAAACAUAUGCACCCAUAAUGUACACAAGUCUAUGAGAGAGGAAGUCAAAAUUUUAACAAAGAUGAUAUAAGGGGUUUGUUUCAUGGACGGUUUUUGUUACUUCUGCCAACAGUUAUUUCAUGAAACUUCGCACAUGGUUUCAAUGUAACACUAUCGAAAAGGCGCGCACGCCAAAAUAACAAUUCGAUACGGCACAAAGUGGGGCCAAGGCCUUGAACUUUCUUCUCAUUUGCAUAAUUUUCGAAUAUUGUGUGCUCACUGAUGCAUUUAAAAUUGGGAUUUUCCUAAAAAUCAAAUCAAAUCAACCAUGCAAGGAGGUUUGUGACAGAUAUCCAUAGUUAUAAAGUGCAUUUUUUCCAAUAACGCAAAAAAGAGCUAAACACAUUUCACAUGUUCAUUCAAGCGUGAAUGUUUAAUUAAACGCCUUUGAUUCGUUGAAGCAUAUUAAUUGGUCAUGAACAUGACGAAAAAGUUGAUAAAAGAUCAGUUUCAGUUACCAAAAUGAAACAAUACUUGCCUAUGAUAUUUGAAAAUCGUAUUUUUUGUUUUCAAUAAAUGUUCAUUGAACCGUGAAACGAUGAAUAUUGUUCAAGAUACUCUUCCCAAAAAUAACUGUCAUCAUAUUCUAUCAUUUUUAUUGAUGAAAAUGUGUAAAAAAUCCAAUUAUAGCAAAUUUGGACUUGUGUUUAUUCAACCGUGAAAUUUAGCCAAAAAAUUGUAUCGGCUUUUAGAAAGUACCUUUUACAAGCCCUCUGACUGAUUUUCAUGAUGAGAAUGUGGAAUCAGUUCCAAUAAAAUGGAAUCAAAGUCAUGAUUUUUGGCUUGUGACUUUUGAAAAGUGACAUUUUUGCCUUCUGACGGUGCUCACUAAAGCAUGACGUAAAAUAAGUCCAUAACAUUUACUCAGAGGGUAGCUUAUAAAAUUACCUACACGCUCAUGUAAAAAUAUAUCAAAAACUCGUAUUGGUUCGGAAAUUAUUGAUGUUUGUUCAAGGGGGGACUUACUUUUUUUGUUGUGUAUAGUUUGAACACCGUGGCCCAUCGUGAUUGUAAGAAGUAAUUCACAAGCAUCUUUCCUGGGGGCUGGGGAGGUAACACUCCAACCCCCGCCCCCUAAAAAAAAAUGGGAUAAACAUUUCGAUUUGCCCCCUCCCCAAAAUUGAAAUUUGAUUAUUUGUAAUUAUACAAUGCAAAUAGGCCCUGCAUGCUUAUUAGUAUUGGAAAGCCAUAAAAUACUAUUAAACAAACAAAUAAUAUCAGUUUUCAACAUUGUAAUUCAACAUUGUACUUUGGCGUACAGAGCUUGCCCAAAAUUUUGUUGUUGUUUUUUUUUCCUUUUAAUUCUCUUCUGCCCCUAUUAAAAAAAAAAGGAUCGACUACCCCUAAGAAGUACAGUAUACCCAUGAAAAUGGAAAAUUAUACCUGCACCGCCUCCUCCUUCUCGGCCUCCAACAUUAGAUAACAAUACAAAUAAUUUAAAACGUCAUAUGUUACCAACCUUAAAGUUUUCAACCACUAUAUAAUUUGAUAUUUAAAUCUAUUUCUUACGUUGUGAAUUUAUUCCCUAAAUUUGUUCAACAAUUCUUAGCAGGUGAGGCAAAACUUCUAAUCAGAGAGAAAUUACAAGAGGGUCAGGGCGAUUGAGCCCCCAAAUUGCUCAAAAGAACCCCGGAAUCUAAAAAAUAGAGCACUCACCUGGAAAUCCCCAUUCAUCGCAAUGAUAAAUCUUAUCCACUGGCGGACCCCCUGAGAGGUAGGCCUACAAUU